CUUGAGUUCAACAUCCACUUCGUUAAGCAAUCAUGGAUCGCUCGAAUUUGAACAGCCAGCUGGAGCACUUGCAGUCCAAAUACGUAGGAACUGGGCAUCCUGAUACCAGCAAAUACGAAUGGGGCGUUAACCAGGCCCGAGAUUCUUACGCAUCUUAUGUUGGACAUUAUCCUAUGAUCUCUUAUUUUGCUGUUGCUGAGAAUGAAAGCAUCGCUCGGAUCAAAUUCAACAUUACAGAGAAAAUGCUCCAACCUUGCGGUCCACCACCGGAGAGGAGGGAUUAAUUCCUUGACUUUAUUUCGGUCAUGUAUUCUUGUAUUUUUAUUACUCAAUAAAUUCUCUUUUAAC